UCGUGCGCCGAGACGUGAGGACGCCGGCGUCGUAGGCUGAGGUGGCAGCUGUCCCGCAGUCAUGGAGCUGCCGCAGAUGCCGGAGCUGAUGGGGCUGUCCCUCCUGGUGGGUCUCCUGGCCCUGGUGGCCACGGCGGCUGUGGCGCGGGGCUGGCUGCGGGCCGAGGAGAAGCCCAACCAGCCGGUCUGUCAGAAGGAAAAUGAAUCCAGGAAGUCAGGAUCCAAGAAGCAGAAGCAGAAUCAGCGGGUUCGUAAGGAGAAGCCUCAGCAGCACAGCUUCACGCAUCCGCUUCUGGCCGCAGCACUGAAGAGCCACAGUGGGAAUAUAUCUUGCAUGGACUUCAGCAGCAACGGCAAGUAUCUGGCCACCUGUGCGGAUGACCGCACUGUCCGUAUCUGGAGCACCAAAGAUUUUCUUCAGCGGGAACACCGCAGCAUGAGAGCCAAUGUGGAGCUGGACCAUGCCACCUUGGUGCGCUUCAGCCCUGACUGCAGAGCCUUCGUUGUUUGGCUGGCCAAUGGGGACACCCUCCGUGUUUUUAAGAUGACCAAGCGGGAAGAUGGGGGCUUUACUUUCACGGCCACACCAGAGGAUUUCCCUAAAAAACACAAAGCACCCAUCAUCAACAUCGGCAUUGCUGACACAGGGAAGUUCAUCAUGACGGCCUCCAGUGACACAACUGUCCUCAUAUGGAAUCUGAAAGGUCAGGUGCUGUCCACGAUCAACACCAACCAGAUGAACAACAGCCACGCAGUUAUCUCCCCAUGUAGCAGGUUUGUGGGUUCGUGUGGCUUCACCCCAGAUGUGAAGGUCUGGGAAGUCUGCUUCGGGAAGAAAGGAGAGUUCCAGGAGGUGCUGCGAGCCUUUGAAUUGAAGGGUCACUCUGCAUCUGUCCACUCUUUCGCUUUCUCCAAUGACUCUCGGAGGAUGGCCUCGGUCUCCAAGGAUGGCACGUGGAAGCUAUGGGACACAGAUGUGGAGUACAAGAAGCAGCAGGACCCCUACUUGCUACGGACAGGCCGCUUUGAAGAGGCGAGUACCAUGCCUUGCCGCCUGGCACUCUCCCCUGACACCCAUGUCCUGGCCUUGGCAACUGGCACCAAUAUUCAUCUCUUCAACACGCGUCGUGGGGAGAAGGAGGAGUACUUCGAGUGUGUCCACGGGGAGUGUAUUGCUGACUUGACUUUUGACAUCACUGGCCGCUUCCUGGCCUCCUGUGGGGACCGUGCAGUGCGGCUCUUCCAUAACACCCCUGGCCACCGGGCUGUGGUGGAGGAGAUGCAGAGCCUCCUGAAGCGGGCAUCCAGCGAAAGUACCCGCCAGAGGCUGCAGCAACAGCUGACCCAGGCCCAAGAGGCCCUCAAGAGCCUGGGUGCCCUAAAGAAGUGACUCUGGCUCCGGAUGGGUCAAGCUGCCUGGCCCAGCAGCUGCUGCUCCCCAGGUGUCCCUGGGAUGGAGACCUGGAGGAACCUCCCAGUUUUCUCCCUGGUGGCCCCUACUUGUUCCUAUUGAAACUAUUCUUACAUACUCAGAUCUCUCUCUCUCUGUCUCUCUCUUCUUGUUUGACUCUUCCCAGACUGAAAGGUCCUGUUUCUCACAGGCCCUGGGGUAGAAUCUGUCUUCACCUAGCACUGAGAAGAAGAGUAGAGAGAAGACAGACAGAGCAAAACCUUUGAUGAUUUGGCAAAAGACCCUGACAUCCAAAGAAGUUUGUCAGUGUUAGGGUUAGGAUGAAACCCUAUGGCCACCAGGGACUAGGUGCUGUUUUAUAAGAGUUCAGAAUGUGUUUUAUAAUGCUGCGUGGUGAGCCUCUAUCUGGACCAGGCUCCUGAUAGCAACAAGAAGUAAUUAAAGACUGGUCUUUGUUGGCAUUGGCCUAUAAUCUCAGCACUAUAUAGGCAAAGGAUCAGGGGUUCAAGGCCAGCUUGGACUACAGAGUGAAUUCUAAGUCCUCCUGGGCUCCAUCCAUAUGGAGAGAAACCUUGGCAAGAUUGUUUUUCCCUGGGCUUCAGUUUUCUUAUUUGUAAAAUGGGGAACGAUGCUCUCUGUGGCCUUCCUGCAGAGAUGCUGUGAGGCUAGGAGUGUUGUAAUGCUCCCACACGUGGAGCGUAACAGUUCUGUCCAGUGUCAUUACCUACCAGGUAAACAUGGAAUGCAGACGGUGUUCUGCAAGCAAACUAGGAAAAACCCACAGCCCUUGUGAAGCCAAGUUUCCUAGGGCUCUGCUUGCUCAUUCAUCUUGGAUAAAUAUGGUGGUUUGGUUCACGUGCCUUGAGAAGUAAUGCCAUCGCAAGAGGGCGCUCCUCUCUCUUGGGGACUUGUUGAACUCAUCACUUCAGGGCCUGCUUCAUGGAACUAGCUAGUGAUGCUGGCUAACAGACAAGACAAGACUAAGGGUAAAGGCUGGCGGGAGGACCUAGAAGCUGGUGUCUGUGACGUGCUUUUUGUUCAUUUACAGCUGCAGGGGGGGUAGUGGACAGGAGGCUUGACCGUAGUGAAUCCAGGGCAAUAAUGGGGAAAGAGUGGAAUCCACCCACUAAGAGACUGCGUCUCAGCCAUGUACAUUUGAAGACUGCUUGGACCCAAGGGGUGAGGAAGAUGGCAGGAAUCUAGGAAGGCUUGAAUCUAGCAAAAGGUUCCCAUCCUGGUUAGUUUUGAUCUCAAAAGUAGGGUCUCUUCCAACCAUCCUUAAUGCUACCAGAUAUUUAGAACAAGGCACAACCCUGAAGUUGACCUUGAUGGCUCCCUUGUCACCCUCUUACCACUGCUGUUACAUCCAGAUGGCCUCCAGCAUCUGCAUCUCUCCCACUCUUCUGUUACCAUCCCGGUCUUAGCCACUGUCCUGUAGUAUAUGGAUAGUACUUCUGUUUCCAACCACAUUACUUUAAGUCACUUUUCUACAUAGUUUAGCCUGCUUUGGGAAAACAAAAAAAUGGUAUUUUGGGUCAUGCCAUUUCCAAAAGGUUUCCUUCUCUCUACACUUGGAAUUAAACCACAAACUCUCCUUGUGGCCUGUGUAGUAUCGUGAAAUUUAGCCAUUCCUGUGAUGUUUCUCUGCGAUGGUCCAACCCCAUUCUUCCUGUUCUUUGCUAACCUAGGCAGUUGGCAAGCUCCAUGUGUGGGCUGGUCCCUCUUGUGCUGCAAGCAUUUUUCCUUUCUGUUGGCAGACUUGUCAAUUCGAUUCAGUCCUUGUAACUUUCACAGUUGCUGCCUCACCCACUCCCUCCGAAGUAGCCCUUUCCAACAAUCCUGUCUCUCCUGGUGCCCUGCUGCUUUUCCUUCUUUUGUAUGAAUUGGUGCUUUUUGAAACCAUCUUGUCUGGCUAUGUGUUUACUGCAGUGUCAGAGAAGGGCAGUGAGUGGGGUUAAGAGUGGGAAUUAGGCCUGUCACCUGGUUGUGAGAUGGGAGGAAAUUACGGUAGAGACUGCACUGGGCUGGUGGCUGCAGACGUUUAUUGUAGGUUUGCUUGUAGAGGUGAAAGACCCGGAGCCCGUAAACUGGUGCCGCUUAUAAAUGCUUAGGGUAGGUGUGAAGCCUCCUGAUUGGAUAUGCCAUCAGAACCUCAUUAGCAUACACUUUGCUUUUCUUGUAAAGUACACAGGAAGCCGGCGCCGUGCUUCGAAUUACCCGGCUUCCCACAGGUGGCCAUGUGUCCUAGGUGCACAGUGGGAGGGAGGUUAAGAACCCUGCAGAAGUUGCCAGUUUCAGAGAAGUUAGAUGUUGGCACUGCACUUGGCAAGGAGGCAUCCUUGUGGACUGCACCAAAUCCUUACAAAGGAGGACGCAGCUCAUCAGUCUCAUUGGCACUUAAGGAUUCUUCCUUGCUUUUCCUUUUGCAGUCCUGGGAAUGGAAGUCAGGGCCUCGUGCAGGUAUACAAAUAGCUCUGCUGCUGAGCCAUGCCUCAACCCCUUAUUGACAGAUCCUAAACAAAGACUCCUAAGCCACAGCCCUCCCUGGGCAAGUGCUUUGCCGCUGAGCCUCUUGUGGCAGUUUCUGAAAUUGCUGAAAAAUGCGUUGGAACAGAAUCCUUGUUGGUCUGCCUUGCUCUGGGUCCCAAGUCAACUAGCCAGGACAAAGUAAGCUCAAUAAAUGGGACUCUGACUAGAAGUAAUGACCAAACUUUUGAUAUAUUUGGUUUUCUGCACUCCGCUCUCUAUUGUGGAUUCAGGUUUCUGAUGAGAUCAGCCAUACUGAGGACCGUGUGGCCACACACAGAUUUGGGCUUCUGACUACACAGCUGUGCCUCAGGCUUGUGUGUGCGUGUGGGGGUCUGGUGGGCAUCUAUCUGCUGUGGUUGUCGGAAGCAUCUGAAAACGCGUUCACUUGCUUCUGCACUCAUGUUUUGAGAAGUAAUUGGUGCUGUGGAUGCACAGGGAAGGUAGUGAACCCUAGCAAGAAUGCUGAGCUGCUGAAGUCAGAAGUCUAUUCCCAAACUGGCCAAGUCACUGUCCUGUGGCCUGGUGUCGUGUAAUCACAGGCUGCCAGAGUUUGUCUCCCCAUUUGUGGAAUGGGAAUAAAUGUUGUUCUGUUACCUUGCAUGUUGAUUCUUUGCUUGUGUACAUGCUUAUGGGUUACACUAAGGAUUAGAUGUGUACUAAGUUGCUUUUGACCCUGAGAUUCUCUAGCUUGACAGGCCCCGAGUUGCCGGGCUGACAGGCUUGCGUCUGCAUGCCUGGGAGCUGUGAGUUCUGAAUGAGUUGGGAGCACUACAAAAGGCAUUGCACAGACUGCCCAGGGAUAGACUAGCUGUUCGCGUUGCCCCCUGAAAAGUAUCUGGCUAGGACUAGAAGCUGCCAAGCUUUCAGGAUCCUCGAGAGUAGAGGCGGCAUUGAUCUGCUGAUUCUAUACAAGGUGUGGUAGUGCAUGCAUGCGGCCCGUGCUUGGCAGGUUGAAGAACCACGAGUCAGCCCUGCAUAGACUGUCUAAAACACAGCUCAUCAACUUAUUAUUAUUAUUAUUAUUAUUUUUUUUUGGUUUUUUCAAGACAGGGUUUCUC